AUGCAUAUGUCCCUGGGCGUCGCAGACGCGACUGCCGAGGGCAACCUCUUCUCUCUCUGUCCAGAGGAUGACGGCAAUGUCCCCGACAUGCCGUUUUUUGCGGCGAGUAACCUCGAGGAUCGUCCCAUAGCCCCCGCCGCAGAGGACUACCCGCUCGGGUGUGAGGUAGAGCUGCGUGACAUCGAAUUUGCCAAGAUUGCGCAGGAAAGUAGUCACUGGGAGCCAAUCAUGGAGGCUGUCUUCGCGGUUCCGCGGCGCCGGGUGCGAGUGGAUCGACACACCGGAGAUUACACGUUUGUGCUGUGCAACGACAUCGACGGCUUUGAGCGCGUCGGCUGCACCCUCUACCGCGCGUGCCUGAGCGAACCGAAAGUGAAGGCGACUCGGUACUACUCGAGUAUUCGCAGUGCACUCUCCGGCCUGGAGCUGGAGGACAACGCUGAGGACAUCCUGAGCAGGCCUGUGCAGCUCUGUGUAGCCACGGUGACCGCUGCAGAGACGGGUUGCACAGUACUGGAAGCGAGAGGGGCGGCAACACCAUCCGCAGGGAACAACAGCAUACUAACGUCGGUGAAGUCUGUGCGCAGCGCCGUCUACAUGACUAGCUCUGCGGACGACGCCCGCCGACGCAGUUUUAUGACAUACAUGAGGAGGGGAACUGCAGAAAUCGGCAAGCGCAACUGCGAGGCUGCGCUACGCUACUACAACCGCGCUCUCGAGGAGAUGCCAGAAGAAGAGGCGCGGGUGCGCAGCAGCCGCUCUGUGGCGUAUCUCUUGGCAGGUGAAAAAGACCGGGCGCUGGAAGAUGCCAAUCGUGUGGUGCACCUUGUUCCGCGGGAGAGUGUGGGGUAUAUCCGAACGGGCAACGUGCUGCGUAGCAUGAAAAAGUUUGUUGAUGCGCAGAAGAUGUACGCUACAGCGCUCAAGUACGACAGCUCCAGCGCGGUCGUGCGCAUCCUCCUCGAGGGCAACUCCGUGGCGAUGCUCUACGAGGGACGCACGAAGCGCUACAAAAAAAUGCGGAUUUUUUACGACGACGCAGCACAACGCGCCAUCGCCGUGGCGGCGCAGAACAUGGACGCAAACGAGAUUGUGAUGAAGGAGGCUUCCAGCUGCGUAUUCCCGCUGCUGAGCGGCAUCUACCGCGUCGCGAGCGGGCGACAGUGCUGCCCGAUGUGCUGCCAUUGCGGCCGCCCAUUCGUGGACGAAGCUCAGAUGGCGGAGCAGAUUCCUGGGUUGACGAAGCAGCUGCUCAACUCUCUUCACGUUGUGGUCCGCCCUGUACCGUGCGAUAGUAGCUGCAAUGCCCUCUACUGCAGUGAAAGUUGCAAGUCAAAGGCGUGGGUGGAGCAUCACUGGGUGGAAUGCACGCAGCGCGGACGAUGGCGCGAUGGGGUGCCGGUGGUGCAUUGCCUGCUGGAUCAGUACGUCAUGACGUGCGCUGCCAACGCCGCCGAUGAGGAAGUCCCGACUGACAUCUCCCCGAUGCCCCAAUGCGUGGCAGAGGACACGCGUCCCAUCAUCACCGCCGCUUGCGUCCGCAUAGCGGUACGGAUGAUGUCACGUAUGGUGAGCAGCGUACUGCCCGCCCAGGAGGCAGUUCAGCAGUACCGGUGGCUACCCGUCGCCGACGUUGUGCGAAGUCAGCGGAGAGAGGUGAAGGAGUUACUUAUAACAUGCUACUCCACCCUCUCCCAAGGGUUCUCUUCCGAGGACAGCGACCAGCUCACCUUCGAGGUGUUUCAGGACUACUACGAAAAGGCUAAGUCGAACUCGAUCAUCAUCUGCUGCUCCAUGUGGCCCAAGGUGGUGGAGCGUGUGCGUAGCCAUCUUGACUUGGUGACCGCAGAAGACAGUCCAGCCGGUUUGCAAGACAGCGAUACCCCGUUCCACUUAUGCCUACAGCAAGUGCUGAAUGCUCCACGCCAAGGUGUACCGGGCACGUACCACAUCUGCAUCUCCAUGUUCGAACUGGCCUCUCUUAUGACAUCGAACAACUGCACGCGAUCGGAGACGAUGCGGCCCAACGUGAUGGUGCGCACGUUUGCGGAGUCGGCGGCAAGCCUGCGCCUGCGGACACUGCGGCCCAUCGCCAAGGAGGAGGUGUUGACGAUGGAUUGGCCGGUUUACGGUGCCGCGUGA